CAAGCUCAUCUUUCUCACCUAGUUUCAGCGCCAUGAAGUCGGAUUUUAGAUUGUCGAACUUGGUAGGAACUGUUUACCGUCAGGGAAACUUGGUGUUCACGGAAGAUGGCAGCAAGAUCUUGAGUCCAGUCGGAAACAGAGUCAGCUGCUUCGAUUUGAUCAGCAAUAAGGCAUUCACAUUCAGCUAUCAACACCGGAAAAACAUUGCCAGGGUUGCCUUGAAUAAACAGGCAACUCUCAUGCUCUCUGUGGACGAGGACGGCCGUGGUGUAUUGGUAAAUUUUGUGUCCCGAGUUGUGUUGCACCACUUCAACUUUAAAGGCGUGGUACACGAUCUACAAUUCUCCAACGACGGUCAUUUCUUUGCAGUGGCCUUGGACAGAUUUGUUCAAAUUUGGAAAACACCUGACUACACAGAGGACAGGCAAUUUGCACCAUUUGUGCGUUACAGAAACUAUGCGGGCCACUUCAGCGACGUGAUCUCGGUGACCUGGUCGCAGGACUCGAGAUUCGUCAUCUCUACUGCCGAAGAUAUGACCACCAGAAUCUUUUCUCUCCAUAGCGAAGACAAGGAGGCUGCUAUGACAAUGUCGGGCCACCGCGACUACGUCAUGCGAGCGUUUUUCAAUGAGACACAAGAAAUCAUUUACACGCUUAGUAAAGACGGCGCAUUGUUUCAGUGGGAAUAUAUUGCCGUGGAUGAGCUGUCAAGCGAAGAUGAGGAUGAAGGCAUGGAAAGCGACAGCGACGCCGAAGAUAUCACGCCCAAAGCAGAAAAGAGCGAUGGCGCUCAGUGGCGCAUUGUUUCCAAACACUACUUCCACAUGGAGGGAACCAAAGUCAGCUGUGCAGACUUCCAUGCAAAGAGCAACAUUUUGGUCGUGGGAUUCACUUCUGGAGAGUUCCGAUUGUACGAGCUUCCUGAAUUCAACAUGAUCCAGCAAUUGAGCAUGGGCCAAAACACAGUCGAUACUGUCACCAUCAAUAAGUCCGGAGAGUGGUUCGCAUUUGGCUCGUCUAAGGCUGGUCAGUUAUUGGUAUACGAAUGGCAAUCUGAAUCGUACAUCUUGAAGCAACAGGGUCACUAUGAUGCUAUGAAUGCCGUGUGCUAUUCUCCUGAUGGAUCCCGUGCUGUCACGGCAUCGGAUGAUGGAAAGUUGAAGGUCUGGGAUAUCCAUUCCGGGUUCUGUCUUUACACAUUCACGGAGCACACAGGGGCUGUCAGUGCCGUUGAGUUUGCAAAAAAGGGCCAGGUCAUGUUUUCGGCCUCCAUGGACGGCACAGUGAGAGCGUGGGACCUAAUCCGUUUCCGUAACUUCCGCACCUUCACAGCAUCAAAAAGGGUGCAGUUCAACAGUAUGGCCGUCGAUCCUUCGGGUGAGGUGGUUGUUGCUGGCUCGGAGGAUGAAUUUGAGAUCUAUGUGUGGUCCGUGCAAACUGGGUCCCUUUUGGAUUCCUUGGCUGGACAUGAAGGCCCGAUUUCGUGCUUGGCCUUCGGAACAGAAAGCUCAGUGUUGGCCUCCAGUUCCUGGGACAAAACCAUCCGUAUCUGGAACAUUUUUAGUAGGCUGCAACAAGUCGAACCAAUUGAAGUGGAACAUGACGUGUUGGCUCUUGCCGUGAGUCCAGAUAGCAAACAUGUUGCAGUCAGUACACUUAACGGCAACCUAGUGUUUUAUGAUGUCGAAGAAGCCAAGCAAGAGCACAUUCUCGAUGUCAGGAGAGAUGUGUUUUCCGGAAGACACUUGGAGGACAGAUUUGCACUGAAAAACAGCGCCAGGUCCAAGAACUUCACCACUAUAUCCUAUUCCUUCGACGGACUAAGCCUCAUUGCAGGGGGUAACAACAAUAGUAUAUGUCUUUACGACAUCGCGGACGAGGUCCUUCUCAAGAGAUUCAUUGUAUCUGAGAACAUGUCUCUCGAUGGAACAUUGACGAUGUUGAACAGCAAAAAAGUUACAGAUGCAGGAAUCUCCAUCGACUUGAUUGAUACCCAGGGUGAAGAAGUUGAUAAGGAGGCAAGAGUCGACUUGAGCUUACCUGGCUCGCACCGUGGAGAUCCAAGUGUGCGUAGUCUUAGACCACAAGUGAGAGUCACUUCAGUGAAAUUUUCUCCCACAUCUUCUGCUUUUGCAGCUGCGUCCACUGAGGGCUUGUUGAUUUUCUCUACUGACUCAUCUGUUGUAUUCGAUCCAUUCGACUUGGAUAUGGACGUAACCCCACAGAGCAUAGCCGAUAAUCUCCGAGAGAAGAAUUGGGUAUUUGCAUUGGUUAUGGCGUUCAGAUUGAACGAGGACAACUUGAUUGACAAUGUCGUGGAAAACAUACCUGUGUCGGACAUAAAGUUGGUGUGUGCCGACAUCCCUACAGUCUAUGUGAAUAGACUAUUGAAGUAUUUGGCCGAGAAAAUGACCAGGACAGAAGGAAGUCAGCAUAUUGAAUUUAAUUUGCUUUGGGUGAAGGAGACUGUUGCUCACCAUGGCAGAUAUAUCAGCGAGCACAAGUUCGAAUUUCAGCCAAACUUGAGAACUAUCAAGAGGUUUUUGGCUCGUGUGGCCAAGGAGGUGGUCUUGCUCAGUAAGAGAUCUGGGUACAUGCACGCAUAUCUUGUGGCGCCUAAAGAGGCACCGAGUAACGAAAAUGGAAACGAUUCUGCUGACGAGAACAAACUUUUACCACUGAAUGAAGCAGAGAACUCUGAUGAUGAACAGGUGAUUGAAGAAGAAGAAGAAGAAGAAGAAGAAGACCAAGGAGACUGGCUUGGCUUUGAUGGAAAGUCAAACCAAGCGCAAUUUCUGGGAUCGGGGGCUGACUCGGAUUCUGAAAUGGAAGAUUAGCAUAAGCACAUCAAACAUUAAUAUAAAAUUUCUAGAUGAGUUGAAUAAAAGGCUUUCGUCUGC